AGGAUUUUGAAAGGACUCAAGCAGGAGCAUAGCUCCCGGAUCUUUUGGUUUCCUUUAUAUGACAGUUGGAAAGUUUCCAUCUCGUUCCAGCGUAUUCAUGCUCAUGUUUCUUCGGCAACUCGCAUUACCAACAUACUGAUCAAUUUUUAUAGUCAAUGUACCAUUUCCAUUGCGAUGAAGAAGCAUUGGCGUGGCGGAUCAUUGGCCAAGUUGCUCGAAUGUGUAUCGAGCUUGGCUUGCACCGGCGAGACUCGCUAUUCAGGGUAGUUACGGAUGAGGAGGAACGUUCCAAUGCCAUCAAGCUGUUCUGGUCAAUAUACGUUCUAGACAGGAGAUGGUCUUUCGGUACAGGCAUGCCUUUUGCAUUACAAGAUGCCGACAUCGAUCCGAACUUGCCUGAGCCAGAUUUAACCAUUCCGUACCUCAACGUAAUGAUUUCUUACAGCCGAAUUGGAUCCAAAGUCUGGCAAUCUGUCUGCUCCUUCUCGCCGCUACCAAGCCCAACUCUAAACUCGCAGGAGAUUGGCUAUCUCGACUACCAGAUCCUCCAAUGGCAUAAGACCAUCCCCCGAGAACUCCAGCUCGCUGUUGAAUCUUCAGCACCACAAACUUCCUCACGAGCCAUCCACCGACUCAAAAUACUGCUCUACCUGCGCGCCAACCAAAUGCGCAUCCUAAUCUACCGCCCUGUCCUACACAGCGCAUCCUCAAUCCAAGAGAACCCUGGCAACGCAAGCCAAGUCGUCGAACUCGCGAAAGACACCAUCCAGGUCCUCACACACCUCAACCAAACCACGGACAUCUACCGCGUACAACAAGUUUGCUUCAACUAUUUCCUGAUCUCCGCACUCGCCGUCAUCUUCCUCGCCAGCUGCCACGCACCCGUGCAGUUCAGCUCCAUCUGCCGCGAGGAGUUUUAUAUGGCGCUCGACCUCGUCAAAGGCUUCAGCACGAAAUCCUUCGUCAGCAAACGCCUGUGGAAGACCAUCAAAGGCUUGAAGGAAGUUGGUCCGAAGCUCGGCCUUUCGCCUGACGUGUCCAGUAAUAGCCAUGGCAUGAGUGCCGAGGACCCGCACUCUUCCGCAGCCCUGGCGAUGGCGGGUCUCGCGGGGCAUGAUAUUGGAUUGGGUCAUCCGUUUGGAGGGGAAGGCGUUAAUGGUGGAGGGCUGGGCAGUGGGAAUAGUCCGAUGAAUGGGUUUCAGAUGAGUCAUGAGAUGACGAAUCUUUUUGAGGCGGCGCUGGGGAGCGUUGGGCAGGGCAUGAAUGGAAAUGGAGGCACGUAUGUGCAGAUUCCGGAUGGUGAUGCGUUGGCGGGCAUUGGAAGCAAUGUUUUUGGUGGCGAUGAGGAGUUGUAUCGACAGUUGAGAGAUCUGUUUUGAUGUCGCUUAUGGUGGGAGUCGAGGAGUGGUUGGAGAUGUAUGAGUUACAACACCAGACAAAAGCCC